UAGUAAAUUGACUUUGACAUCUCAGAUUGAAUGAGAACUUGAUCAGUGGAUCCGGUGAAAAUUGACUUGAAAUAUUUUUGUAGGGAGAUUUUGGUGUGACCCAGUCAUCAUCAGGCACCUGCUUCCUCUGAUUGAUUGUUAAUGGAGCCGAUGAUGUUUCUACGGACAAACCCAUGCGACCGGCCCCCAUCACGCAGAUAAGUAAUAUAUUAGCCAUCGCAUUCCAUCAUUGUUUGCCGGUGCCAUCUGCUGUGCCUCGAGGACCUUUUGCCCCAGCCAGGAUUCACAUAGUGAUGAUACAUACAGCGACCUCGCUGCACUUGUACCAUCCUAAUGGGUCACUAUUGUUGUGUUAUGCUUGUACCAUCCCACGUUCGUGCUUCGAUAGCUCAACCAUAUAUUCGCUCUUCACCUAUUUUAUUUUCUCUCUUUGCAGGUCUUGUGAGAUCACAAAAGGUUAAAGGUUGACCUCCACAUGCCCGGUCUUAAUAGAACGGCGAAUAAUACCCGUAUUAGGUUGAUCAUGCAGCCGCACCCAUCAAAUCGUAUGCGUUGCCUCACCAGCAAAUGUUACGCGACGUACUCAUCCUCGAAGUUAUCUUCUUGGAAUUGAAUGUUGCAUCGAGAUAUGAAGAUUGCAUGUGCAUAUAGAGCAAAAGAUUUUGCUUUGAUGGGCACUUUUGAAUCCGAUUUGCCAUGUGGAUCAGCGGAGUUAGAUCGAUGCCUCACGGUGGCCCCGAGCAUUGGAUUCCUCCAUGCAAGUACGAGGGAGGGGACGAAGCUCCAUGCACCGCCGUCCACCCACCCAUGUCCUCGAUGAGCAAGCAGAUUAAUCGGGAAACAUAUGCGUUCGUCUCUGGAUCAUCAACCGAGAAGGGAGAACUGUUGUAGGAUUUGGAUCAUCAGAAAGGCUCGGUGACUUCAGAUCGGAGGAAAUGGCUCCGUUGAAGCGGAAAAGAUAAAGCUCCGUUCCCGAGGAGCAGCGCGGCAGAAGAGGACAGGGAGGAGGGGGGAGGAAUUUGGAAGCAAAGCUGAAGACGACGAAGCUCUUGGCUGCGUGAGACGUGCCAGUCCGCACGCUUCGCACGUGCAUUCUCUGCCACGUCCGCCAGGCCUUGUCCCUACAACCGCGUCUCCUCCAUGGCCUCUGCUACUUACUGCGACUGAGGGAGACGAAGGAGAGAGCGGGAGCGCUGCUUGCCGGCUUUGCUUCGUUCGCGAGCGUCGAGCGACAUGGGAGAGGAGGAGAAGAAGCCGGAGAAGGAAGGGAAGAAAGAGCCGCCGCCGCCGCCGCCGGCUGCUGCGGCAGAGGAGGAGAAGGAGAAGAAGGAUGGAGGUGGCGGCGACGGAGGCGAGGGGGAGAAGAAAGAGGGAGAGAAGAAGGAGAGCGAGAAGGCGGCCGAGAAUCCACCGCCUCCGCCACCGCCGCCGCCGGAGGAAGUGGUGAUGAAGGUCUACAUGCAUUGCGAGGGGUGUGCCAGGAAGGUGCGCCGAUGCCUCAGAGGCUUCCAAGGCGUGGAGGAGGUGGUGGCGGACAGCCGGACGCACCGGGUGGUGGUGAAGGGGAGGAAGGCGGCGGAGGAUCCCAUGAAGGUGGUGGAGAGGGUGCAGAAGAAGAGCGGGCGGAAAGUGGAGCUGUUGAGUCCCAUUCCACCUGCGAAACCGGAAAAGGAGGAGAAGAAAGAGGAGAAGCCCAAGGCAGAGGAGAAGAAAGAGCCGCAGGUGAUCAUUGUCGUGCUCAGAGUCUACAUGCAUUGCGAGGCCUGCGCCCAAGAGAUCAAGAAAAGGAUCCUAAGAAUGAAAGGGGUGCAGACGGCGGAACCGGACCUGAAGAGCUUGGAGGUCACGGUGAAAGGCGCGUUCGACCCGGCGAGCCUGGUGGCGUACGUGCACAAGCGGACGGGGAAGCACGCGGCGGUGGUGAAGCAGGAGCCGGUGGAGAAGAAGCCGGAGGAGCCAGAGAAGGCCAAGGCCGAGGAGCCGCCACCAGCUGAGGCGGCGGGAAAGGACGAGAAGAAGUCCAGUGGUGGAGAGAAGAACGAGAAGGAGAAGAAGGGUGGGGAGAACAAGGAGGAAGAGAAGAAGAAGGAGGAGGGCGGAGGGGAGGACUCGAAGAAGGACGGCACCGUCGCAGCGGAGCAGGAGAACGGGGACAAGAAGAAGGAGGAGCAGGAGGAGAAGAAGGAGGCCAACGGCGGCGGCGGAGGAGUAGGGCAAGGGGCGACGGAGGUUCCGGCUGCCGUCGUGGCCGUGGCGGCGACGGCGAUCGACGGCGGCGGAGCGGGUAAGCCGAAGAGGAACGAGUUCUAUUACUACUACCCGCGCUACCCCGUGGAGUACGCUUACCCGCCGCAGAUCUUUAGCGACGAGAAUCCUAAUGCAUGCGCUGUCAUGUGAUCAAAGGUUUGUGGAUGGGGAAGCAUAACAUUCCAUGUGUAUUUUUCUUCUCCAUUCCCCUAUGAAAAAUAUAUAUAUUAUAUAAAUAUUCCUAAUAAGAUGUUGUCAUCUCUAA